UUGUCGAUUCGACGCUACACCCGGAUACCGGAGAACCCGUGUUCCUUCCUUUUCGUAUGUCAUGUUUUGUACCAACAAAUCUUAUCGUCGUUGCUGGCAUGCUAAUGCCAAAUCCAAGUAUAAAAAGUAUCCUAUUUUGGCAAUGGGCCAACCAAAGCAUCAAUGUUGCCAUAAAUUACUCCAAUGCAAAUAAGACAACCGAGAUGAGUUUAAGGGAGACUGCUAUUGCUUAUAUAGCAGCUGUGACAACUUCGUGUGGAUUGGCUGUCGGUCUAACGCAGGCAGUCCCUCGAUUAAAAUCACUAAAGCCGGCGGUACGUGGUAUAUUAGCAAAGUUAGUACCUUUUGUGGCCGUAGCUAGUGCCGGAACCGUAAAUGUUUACCUAAUGAGAUGGAAAGAAAUUAGAGAUGGUAUUGACGUGUAUGAUGAAGAGGGAAACAAACUGGGAAAAUCAAAAAAAGCCGGCGCAGCUGCUGUAAAACAA